GGGGAGGCGGCGGCGGGGCUGAGCGAGGCCGGGACCCCUGGGGCCCUCCCCGAACAAGAUGACGUCAGCCACCAAGGUGUACUACAGCCAGACCACGCAGACCGACAGCCGCCCCCUCAUCGGCUCGGGGCUGCGCCGGCGCCGCGUCAUGACCAAGGACGGCCGCAGCAACGUGCGCAUGGAGCACAUCGCCGACAAGCGCUUCCUGUACCUCAAGGACCUCUGGACCACCUUCAUCGACAUGCAGUGGCGGUACAAGCUCGUCCUCUUCUCCGCCACCUUCGCCGGCACCUGGUUUGCCUUUGGAGUCGUCUGGUACCUGGUGGCCGUGGUCCACGGGGACCUGCUGGAGUUCGACCCGCCGGCCAACCACACGCCGUGUGUGAUGCAGGUGCACACGCUCACCGGCGCCUUCCUCUUCUCCCUCGAGUCCCAGACCACCAUCGGCUACGGCUUCCGCUACAUCAGCGAGGAGUGUCCCCUCGCCAUCGUCCUGCUCAUCACCCAGCUGGUCCUCACCACCAUCAUGGAGAUCUUCAUCACCGGCACCUUCCUGGCCAAGAUCGCCCGGCCCAAGAAACGCGCCGAGACCAUCAAGUUCAGCCAGAACGCGGUGGUGGCUCCUCACGACGGCAAGACCUGCCUCAUGAUCCGCGUGGCCAACAUGCGCAAGAGCCUCCUCAUCGGCUGCCAGGUGACGGGGAAGCUCCUCCAGACCCACCUCACCAAGGAAGGCGAGAGCGUCCGUCUCAACCAGGUCAACGUGGACUUCCAGGUGGACACGUCGUCCGACAGCCCCUUCCUCAUCCUGCCCCUCACCUUCUACCACGUGGUGGACGACUCCAGCCCAUUCCGGGACGUGGCCCUGCGGACGGGCGAAGGCGACUUCGAGCUGGUGGUGAUCCUCAGCGGUACGGUGGAGUCCACCAGCGCCACCUGCCAGGUCCGCACCUCCUACCUGCCUGAGGAGAUCCUCUGGGGCUACGAGUUCACCCCGGCCAUCUCCCUCUCGGCCAGCGGCAAGUACGUGGCCGACUUCAGCCUCUUCGACCAGGUGGUGAAGGUGUCGGCGCCCUGUUGCCUCCACGAGACCGUGCGGUUCGGGGACCCCGAGAAGGUGAAGCUGGAGGAGUCGCUGCGGGAGGCGGCGGAGCGGGAGCGGGAGGGGGCUCCGCUCAGCGUCCGCAUCAGCAACGUCUGA